UCGAUCUCACGGAUCUUCUUCGAUUUCCCUAUUUCACAUCAUUUUUUCUUCACUCAAUUCUCCUCCCUUUUCUUCUUCUUCUCAAUCUCAAUUCCUUUCUUUUCAAUUUGGAACCAGUAGAAUCUUUCUGAUUCUCAGUUGAAAACCCUGCGCCCAUCAUUAUUAUUAUCCACCUACCCGUCAGCCAUGGAGGACAACCACGUUGCUUUCGAUUCCACCGCUGCUAAUGAAGAUCACGACGCCCCCCUCUCCCACGCCCAUGUUGACCAUGGUUGGCAGAAGGUUACCUACGCCAAGCGCCAGAGGAAGACGUCCAAGCCCUCUGCCGAUGCAGUUUCUGGAAAGAUCGUGGCUAAUGGUACCGUUCCCGCUGGGGACAACGUUUUCCGAUCGCUGGAGCAGAAAUCGCAGGAGCGCCGCCGUAGAAUUGUCGAGGCGCAGAAGGCCGCGGCUAUUGACGCCGAUGAGGAUGCUCCGGUUAGAUCUAAGAUCAGGUCUGACGAUGAGGAUGGCGAUGAUAGUGACAGAGAGGGUGUGGAGAAUGAAAAGCCUAAUGAGGAGGCCAAAAAGUUGAAGCAGAAGAAGCCGAAGAAGCCUAAGAUUUCCGUUGCGGAGGCCGCUGCGAAGAUUGAUGUGAACGAUCUGUUGGCGUUUUUGACCGAUGUGUCGGGCUCGUACGACACUCAGCAGGAUAUUCAGCUGAUGAGAUUUGCGGAUUAUUUUGGUCGCGCAUUCUCGGGCGUGAGCGCUUCUCAAUUUCCGUGGGUGAAAAUGUUGAGGGAGUCUUUGGUAGCUAAGAUUGUUGAUAUCCCCCUCUCUCACAUAUCGGAGGAUGUUUAUAAGGCAUCAGUUGACUGGCUGAAUAAACGUUCUCUUGAGGCCCUCAACUCUUUCGUUUUAUGGUCUUUAGACAGCAUUCUUGCUGACUUUGUGGGCCAACAAGCUAGUGCCAAAGGCUCUAAAAAGGGUGUACAACAUGCAUCAUCUAAAUCUCAGGUUGCCAUAUUUGUAGUUCUUGCAAUGGUAUUGCGAAGAAAACCUGAUGUCUUGAUUCAAGUAUUGCCAACCAUAAGGGAAAACUCAAAGUAUCAAGGACAGGAUAAGCUUCCAGUACUUGUCUGGAUGAUAGUUCAGGCUUGUCAAGCAGAUCUUGCGAUAGGGCUUUAUGCUUGGGCACAUAACCUCUUGCCCAUAGUUAGUGCUAGAAGUUGUAAUCCUCAGUCUAGAGAUCUAAUUCUGCAGUUAGUGGAAAGAAUUUUGUCCUCUCCAAAAGCCCGUACUAUUCUGGUAAAUGGUGCUGUCAGGAAGGGGGAGCGAUUGAUUCCACCUUCUUCAUUUGAAACACUUCUACGGGUUACUUUCCCUGCAUCGUCAGCUAGAGUGAAGGCUACUGAAAGGUUCGAGGCUAUCUAUCCAACCUUGAAGGAGGUUGCGCUUGCUGGCGCUCCUGGCAGUAAAGCAAUGAAACAAGUUUCACAGCAGAUAUUUAUUUUUGCUGCUAAAGCAGCUGGAGAAAGUGUUUCAGAGCUAUCUAGUGAAGCUACUAAUAUUUUCAUUUGGUGUUUGACCCAAAAUGCUGAUUGCUACAAGCAAUGGGACAAGAUUUAUGAGGAUAAUCUAGAAGCUAGUGUCUCCGUUUUGAAAAAACUUUCUGAUGACUGGAAAGCGCAUUCUUUAAAAUUAUCUCCUUUUGAUGCUCUGAGGGAAACUUUAAAAAGUUUCAGAACCAAGAACGAGGAGGCAUUGACUAGUGAUGAAGUGGGUGCUUGCCAAUCCAAAUACAAGGAAGCAGAUAAGUAUGCCAAGUCGAUACUGAACAGGGUUUCGCGAGGCCAUGGAUGUCUGAAAAGUAUGGCUCUUAUAGUCAUCGCUCUAGGUGUUGGUGCUGCAGUCAUGUCCCCGAACAUAGAGUCCUUGGAUUGGGAGAAACUCACUGCUUUCAUCCCACAACACUCUUUCUGAGUCGGCAUUCCUGCAUUGUCGGCUAAGGUUUCAAAUUCCGACCUUGUUCGCCUCUGAUGAAGCAGCAGUUGACAAUGUCGUGAAGCCAACCUUGGCUCCUCUGUGGGCAGGGAAACCAAAACCCUGUCGGUAACGAAAUCGCACAACUAGUUGGUCAGUCGUUUUAGAUCCUUUUUGUGUUCCUCGUGGGGGGAUACUAGAGUAGUGGAAGUAGUAAGGCUUUUUAAGUUAACACUGCAUUAAAAGACUGGAUAGCCAUUAAAAGACUGGAUAGCCAUUUUAGCAUCUUUUAAUUUGGUUUUUCUCAUUUGUUAGUUUUGUUUUAAGUUAUUUGCCCACUCUAACCUUCACAGGCUCGGCAGUAGAUCAAAAAGGGAGUUUGGA